AUGGGACUUGCAAACCACGACCUUCCACCCCCACCAGCGGGCAAAUACCCCGCCAAGGCACAUGCCAGACGUGUGGCUCAGUUCAUUGCUGAAAACGGUGGUCCCAAGGAGGGUAUUAUCUACUUGGAAGCGCAGAAGACUGCUAUGGUUGAGGAUGAUGACCAAGCUGCACACUUCCGUCAACGUAGAUUCUUCUUCUACCUCUCUGGAUGCGCUAUUCCCGACUCGUAUCUUGCCUACGACAUCAAGAAUGACUAUUUGACUCUGUUCAUUCCUCCUAUCGAUCCCGAAGAUGUCAUCUGGUCGGGCCUGCCACUUCUAGAGAAAGAAGCAAUGGAGAAGUUCGAUAUUGAUGCAUGCAAACCUUCAACUGAGGUCAACUCAUACCUGACCUCUCCUGAAACUCCUCAUGGCACUAUUUUGGCUAUCCCCAAGCAAGUAGCAGACCACAUCACCUUCCUCUCCUUCCAAGAGACCAACUGGGACCUCCUCAAGAACGCCAUCGAAAGAUGCCGUGUCGUCAAAGACGAACACGAAAUCGGUCUUAUCCGCCAUGCCAACGCCAUCUCCUCACACGCCCACACCGAAGUCAUGCGCAUGGUCAAAAACGCACGCAACGAGCGAGAACUCAUGGGAACUUUUGUAGGCGCCUGCAUCAGCAAUGGUGGUCGCGAACAAGCAUACGGCUGUAUCUGUGCUUCCGGCCCCAGCGCUGCUACUCUGCAUUACGUCCACAACGACUUGCCUCUUUCCGAAAAGUUGAAUUUGCUCAUCGAUGCUGGAUGCGAGUAUAACUGCUAUUGCUCAGAUAUCACCCGCACCUACCCCCUGCAAGGAAAAUUCACAAAGGAAAGCAGAGAAAUCUACGAUAUCGUUGAUGAAAUGCAGGCAGAGUGUAUGAAAGCACUCAAAGCCAAUGUCACUUGGGAAGACCUACACGCUCUGGCCCACGAAAUCGCUAUUGACGGGUUGCGUCGUCUGGGUAUCCUGACUGGUGGAAACAAGAAAGAGCUUUUCGAUAGCAGAGUCUCUACUCUGUUUUUGCCUCACGGUCUGGGACAUUAUCUUGGUAUGGACACACACGACUGCGGCGGCAACGCAAACUACGAAGACCCGGAUCCCAUGUUCCGCUACUUGCGCAUCAGAGGUUCUGUUCCUGCAAACUCUGUCGUGACGGUUGAGCCUGGUCUUUACUUCUGUCGCUUCAUCAUUGAGCCGGCACUCAAGGAGGAAAAGUAUGCCAAGUACAUUGACAAGGCUGUCUUGGAGAGAUAUUGGGAUGUUGGUGGCGUGCGUAUUGAAGAUGACGUCUUGGUCAAGGAGGAUGGGUGUGAGAACUUGACUACAGCGCCCAGGUCUUGGGAUGAGGUUGAGGCUUUGAUUCAUUCGGUUUAG